CUUCUUGAUCAAAACUCAUGAAAGCAUUUGAAGGUUAAAAGAGGAGAAAUAUUGUCCGGAAAAUAUGUCGUCAGUGGGUACAUCGAAAGGCGUUUUGGAGAUAGUAAAAUUUGGUGUAUAUGUCGCAGUUCCAAUCGUUCUUAUGUACGCUUUCGCUAACAAUUCCAAGAAUCUCCAGAAAUUCAUGGGAAAUAAAUCAUAUGUAGUGUAUCCUCCAGAAGCACCAAGGCCUCCAUCACCGGAGGAACUAAGGGAAAUGGCGCGAGAACUAGCUCGCGACAGAAAGAAUUGCUGAUACCGGCUGUAAGUUACUUUCGUUGCCCUUUGUGUUAAAUAGUAGUCACGAUAAACAGCAUAACUAAUAUGCAAUAUCCAGCUUGUGCUUUGCGGAUUUUGUUUCGAUGUUUGAAUAAUUUGUCUCGCUUAUAGAAUGUUAAAGUAAAUUUUAUUGCUUCUGCCUUCUGGUUGCUUGAGAUAUGUUCUGCCUGUAUUGAUAAAGCUUAAGGAUUAGUUUGUACCCUUUUCAAAGACAAAUCUCUUUUCAACAUAAUAUACUUUCAAUGUGAACAUACACGUAUCCAUAUCA